CAUACACCGGCACAGCCACCUAGAAUGUACGCGCUUUAUUAUUACUGAGUGCGCACAGCUGUGCCUACCCUGGGAAUAGGUGCACGUGAUAAAUGCCUUUAGGUGCUGGCGACUGUUGCGCAUGGAUCUGGACUCACAGAAGUGUGCUACUGAGCUAUGUACUUGUCUUUUACAGCAGCUUCCAGCAUAAAAAGCUCAAAGCAGUGUCUGCUACCUGACCGGCACUAAACAUCAGAGAUGGAACUGAUGCCCUCUCGCUGCAGGACUGCCCUGAACAUCGUGGUGACCACCCUUUUUGCUGCGGUGGUCCUCUUGACCGUCCUGCUGGCAUAUGUCACAGGCUACCAGUUCUUCCACACUGAGCAGCACCACCUCUCCUUUGGCCUCUACGGUGCCUGCCUCUUCCUCCACCUUUUCCUCCAGAGCCUCUUUGCCUUCUGGGAGCAUCAGCGUAUGAGGAACCCCACCCGACCUCAGCACCUCUGUUGCUCUGUGGCCCUCUGUAUCGCCGCCUACCAGGAGGACCCAGACUACCUGAGGAAGUGUCUGCACAGCAUCCGACGAAUCUCCUUCCCUAGUCUGAAGGUCGUGCUCGUGGUGGAUGGAAACCGCCAGGAAGACCACUACAUGAUGGACAUUUUCCAGGAGGUGAUGGGUGGGGCAGACCAAGUUGGCAGUAUGGUGUGGAAGGGAAACUACCACAGUGAAGGGAGCGGACAAGGAGGCGUUGGAGGCAGAGGGAGGAGUACAGUGCACAUGAAGGAGGCGGCACGAGCUGCUCAGCUGAUCAGAGGCUACCGCUACUCCUGUAUCAUGCAGGAGUGGGGAGGGAAAAGAGAAGUGAUGUACACAGCUUUUAAAGCACUGGGGAACAGUGUGGAUUAUGUGCAGGUGUGUGACUCAGACACAGUUCUAGACCCAGCAUGUACCAUAGAAAUGCUAAAGAUCCUUGAGGAUGAUCCAAUGGUGGGAGGAGUUGGUGGCGAUGUACAGAUCCUCAACAAGUACGACUCGUGGAUCUCCUUCCUCAGCAGCGUGCGGUACUGGAUGGCCUUCAACAUCGAGCGGGCCUGCCAGUCCUACUUUGGAUGUGUCCAAUGUAUCAGUGGCCCCUUGGGAAUGUACAGGAACUCCUUACUCCAGUGCUUCCUGGAGCCCUGGUACCACCAGACAUUUCUAGGUUCCAAAUGCAGCUUCGGUGAUGACCGGCACCUCACCAACCGGGUGCUCAGCUUUGGUUACAAGACAAAAUUCACAGCACGAUCACAGUGCCAGACUGAAACACCAGCCCAGUAUUUGCGCUGGCUUAACCAGCAGACGCGAUGGAGCAAGUCCUACUUCCGUGAGUGGCUCUACAAUGCCCUGUGGUUUCACAAGCACAGCCUCUGGAUGACCUAUGAGUCUGUGGUCACUGGCUUCUUCCCCUUCCUUUUGGUUGCCACGGUCAUCCAUCUCUUCUACCAUGGGAAGCUGUGGAGCAUACUGCUGUUCUUACUGAUGGUCCAGCUGGUUGGGAUGGUGAAGGCCACCUAUGCCUGUUUCCUGCGUGGGAGCCUGGUCAUGAUCUUCAUGUCACUCUACUCUCUGCUCUAUAUGACCAGCUUGCUUCCUGCCAAAAUAUUUGCUUUGCUCACCAUCAAUAAGGCUGGAUGGGGCACUUCAGGCCGUAAAAAGAUUGUGGUCAACCUCAUUGGUGCGCUACCUGUUACAGUGUGGGCAAUGGUGCUGCUUGGAGGUGUGGCAUAUACAAUUUACUGUGAAACACAGGAAACAUUCAGUGAGACUGAGAAAGCCCUGUUGAUAUCAGGGACAAUGAUCUACGCCUGCUACUGGCUUAUUCUGUUGGUGCUCUACCUGGCACUUGUAGCCAAACGGUGUAACAAGAAGGAAGAUCAGUAUCGCCUGCCAUAUAUGGAGGCAUAAACUUGUCACCAUAGGUACUAGCAGAACAGUCAUGCCGAUUUUCACUGCAUUAUGGUUCUAGCAAGGUCCCUGCUGACCCUGUGCGCUGCUGGAGUGAUGAGCUGUGAACCAGGAACACAUGUUCUACAGAGGUGUGAACCUGAAAUCCAAGCGGCAGGAAUUGAAUCCAAUUUGGGGAGACGGAGAGAUGAGGGGAUCCAUACAGCUUUCCCAUUUAUAUCAAGUUCAGUGGUGCUUCUAUUGGAAAACCAAACUAAAUGGAACUGAUCCAGGUUAAAGUGUUCAUACACAUGCACUAUUGACUUCUUCAGAAGAACACUAGGUAGUAGCUGUAAUACUGUGACAAAAGGAUGCUUUAUGAUGCCUUUGAAUAAAACAGCAAAAGGGGCUAAAUGUGAGUAAGAAAUAAAGGUCUUACUGGUGUGUCAGUUUUUCAUCUUCAUUUAAAAAAAAAAAA